AUGCAAUGCUGCUCCACCGUAACCAUUGCAGCGACGCUGGCGGCGAUGACAGGGGGGCUCGCGUACAUGAAUUCCCUGCAUGGAGACAUGGUCUUCGACGAUGUCCAUGCCGUGCAGAGAAACCCGGAUGUGUUGGGGAAGAAGCAUAUUUACGAGAUGUUCUUCGAUGACUACUGGGGGGAUCCGAUAGCCUCGAACGAAUCUCAUAAGUCGUAUCGUCCUCUCACAAUCCUCACGUUUCGUCUCAAUCAUAUCGUGCAUGGGCUGGAUCCCUUCGGUUACCACGUGCUCAACGUUGUGUUCCAUUCCCUCGUCUCUGCUGUCUCCUGCCUCGUCUACCAGAGGUUUCUGGGUCCCGUCGCGGCCUUUUGUGCUGCUUUGCUGUUUGCCUUGCAUCCUACCCUGAGUGCCCUGCUCGGAUUGUUGUCCUUGCUUGCCUUCACAAAGGAGGCUCCUCCGGCAUGGAACGUCUGCGAGGACGAAGCGCAUGUCCUCUUAGCUCAUCCUUCUUCCUCCUCCCGCCAUGUCCGCUGCUUGCUGGUUGGAUCGGCCCUGGCGAUCUUGUCGUUCCUGUGCAAGGAGACUGGCAUCACGGUGUUGGGAUACCUCUUGGUGCAGGACUUGAUGUCUGUGCUGGCAUACCAGGGGAUCUUCCGCCGAUGCUCAUGGAGCGAUGAAGCUGAGAGCCGGGAUGAGAGCUCGUCAUGUGGCGAGGAGAGUGAUGGAGACGUGUGGGAGGAGAGCGAGGAAGAGGACGACUUGCAAGACUUGAUCCCUGCUGCGGGAGGAGGGAGGUCAGUCAAGUUCAAGUCUGUGGUCAGUAAGCCGUGGUUUCCGUGCUGUCUGGAUGGCAACGAGGUCCAGAGGGUGAAGGAGAAGCUGUUGGAGUAUCAGGCGUGGACGCUGGUGAGGGUGCUGGUUGGAGGAGCCCUGAUACUCCUCCUCCUCCUCCUCCGCAAGUUGCUCACAGGAGAGAAAUACCUCCCGUCCUUCUCUCACCUCGACAACCCGAUCCCCUCCAUCUCCGACCCCCGGGCGAGGUACUCGAGCAUCGCACUGGUUCACAGUGUCUAUGCUACUCUUCUCCUAUGGCCUUGGCGAGGACUCAGUGCGGACUACUCUUACGACUGUAUCCCGAUGGUGAACAAGAUCGAGGACGUGAGAAUGUUUCUUCCCAUCGCCUUGUACUUCGUCCUCUUCCUCCUCCUCACUCUCCACCUCUCUCCUCUCUACUCCCUCCUCACCGAUGGCAACGACUCGUCCAAGGACUGGAGGAGGGCGACCAAGAUCGUCUGUCUGCUCCUGUGGGUCAUCAUCACUUUCCUGCCCGCCUCCCACGUCAUCCCCGUCGGCACUCUAGUUGCAGAGCGGCUCCUCUAUCUCCCCAGCGUCGCUUUCUGCGCGCUCGCCUCCUCCUUUCUCUGCUCUGCUCCUGCCCUCUCCCAUGACAAGAAGCUCCGCCGCGUCGGCCUCUUCCGCCUCUUUCUUCGCUUCACUGCCCGAGCGAUGCAGCCGGUCGCGAUGCUCGCGCUACUCGUGGGGUACCUGACGCUGACGUGGAGGAGGAACGGGGAGUGGAAGAACUCGUCCUCGCUCUUCCUCAGCGCAGUGAAAGUCUGUCCUCGCAGCGCCAAGGUCAGGUACAACCUUGCGCACGAUCUCUCCGCCAUGGGCAGCGUCGAGCAGGCGAGGAGGCACUACCAGCUUGCCAUCUCCAUCCAUCCCUCCUACUACCAGGCUCUUGCUAACCUGGGGAGCAUGGAGCUGCGGGCUGGGAGGCAGGAGGAGGCGAUGGACUUGUACCUGCGGGCGGUGGAGGUGCAGCCGCAACUAGGAGAAGCGUAUUACAACCUCGAUGUGGCUCGGUCGAUGUUUGAGCAGGCGGCGGCCCUGCAGCCAGACAGCCCCAUCAUCCUCAACUCUCUCGGCAACUCAUACCAGGCGAAUAGAAUGCGCCAAGAAGCGUUCGAUAUGUACAAGAAGGCAACGAUCGUGAAACCAGGUGAGGAAGAGAAGAAGAAAUACAUGAUGAUGAUGAUGACGAUGAUGAUGAUGAUGAUGAUGAUGAUGGAGAUGAUGAUGGAGAUGAUGAUGGAGAUGAUGGAGAUGAUGAUGGAGAUGAUGAUGGAGAUGAUGAUGGCGAUGAUGAUGACGAUGAUGCACCAUCAAUGCCCCCUCAAUGUAACACCCUCAUCCUUCUUGCCUCGGUGUCUCCGUUUCUCUCAUGCUUCUAUCUCCUCAUAUUAUGCUCACGGCUACAACAACAUGGGCGCCCUGAUGAUGGAGCAAUCUCUUCACUCCGACGCGCUCUUGCACUACCAGCAGGCCAUCGCCGCCAACCCAGCGCAUGCUGAGUCACAUUACGGGCUGGGGAUUGCAAGUCAAGCAAUGGAGAAGAGCGGGAAGAUGAGGAGGGAGGAGAGUCUGAGGACAAGCAUUUCUUCCUUCUUUGAUGCGGUCAAAUUCCGUCCGGACUAUGCCAAGGCGUACCAUGCUCUUGGCAACCUUCUCUCAGCUCAGGGGCACGUGGAGGAGGCAGCCGCGUCGCUGUCUAUGGCUCUAGAGCUGCUUCCCACCUCUGCUGAGACCUGCAACAGCAUCGCCGCGCACUGGCACACCUCCUCCCCCCCGCGCUUGGAUCGAGCCAUCCUCUGGUACGGGCUGGCCCUCCAGCUCGACCCGACCUACGUGGGCGCCUACAGCAACGCAGGAAGCGCUUUCACUCAGCUCUCCAGGUGGGAGGACGCAGCGAGCAUGUACGCGCAUGCGGCCAUGCUGGAGCCCAAGGCAGAGUUCUUGGGCAACCUCGGCACCACGCUCCUUGACGCCGGGCAUGUGAGCUUGGGGAUGAAGUACGUGGGAAAGGCUGCGAAGCUGGAUAGAGGAUGGCGCGAUCGCCAGCAGGAGCUGAAGAGGAGGAGAGGAGGAGGAGAAUCCGAGAAGGAGAUCUCAAUCGAGACGAUCCGGAGGAGGAAGCCCAAGGAAUGGAGCAAGGGGAUGCCCGACCUUUCCUCCCUCUCCUCCCUCCUGCCUCUCUCCAAGGACUUGGCUGCCAACGUGAGCAGAAUUCUACUAGAGCCCCUGAGGAGGGAGAGGGGCGGGACGAGCAACACAAGAAAGGAGGACCCACGAGAGCUGAAGGAUUCACCCGAGAUGUCAACAUCGCAGCAGCUCCAGGACAAGGGCAGAGGCAGAGAGCGAUCGGAGGGCGAGGAGGGAAGGAGGAAGGAGGAAGGAAAGGUGCAGAAGACAGAAGGUACCAAGGGGGCGAGCCCACCGAAAGACAAGAACAAACAGCAAAAGGAAGGGAGGGCGAGGAGCAAGGAGGAGGGACAGGUUGAGCAGAGGGAGGAGCAAGACGACGGUCCCAAGGAGAGGACCAGGCAGGAGGAGAGGAAGCAAGAGGAGAAGGAAGACAGUGGAAAGAACGAGGCAGGGGCGUCACAUCAGCAACGUCCCAUGAACGAUCCUGGAAGAGAGGAAGCGCGAGUUGAUGCGAAAAAGAGGAGGAGCAACCAGUUGAAAACUUCACAGAGAGAGUUUGGGGACGAGGACGUCGCGGCCGGGAGGACUCGAUCUCAAGAACAGCACAAACAAGAGGGGUCGAGCGGGGAGGAUCACUUCACCAAGGCGCAAGAGCAGCAGCAGGGUUUGAAGCAAGGAGGAGAGAAGGGAAUCACACGAGAGAAGAAGAAUACAGGAGGAGCUAUGAAGAUCACAAAGGAGGAGGUUGAGGUGCAAACGGGCAGCAUGGAGAGAUCAGAAGCUCCAGGAGGCUGCAGGGACAGGGAGUGCAAAUUAAGGGAGCUCUGCUCACGGAAAGCAACGAGUAGCAGCGACAAGAUCAGUCGAGCUUGCGCGCUGUUGAGGAUACAGGAGAUGCGGGUGGAGGGAGAGGAGUACUAUGACUCUGAAUUAUGA